CAACACACAAGAUGAAAUUGAUGAAAGUUGCCAAACCUUCAAAUGGCUUUUGAAUCUUCCAUAAUUCCGUGCUUAUUUUCUAGAAAUAUAUAGAAAAUUGUUAAAACGAAAAUCGGAAAUGCCGGAAAAGACUGCAGUGCCUGAAUUCCAGUAUGUUCCUGGGAAGAAAUUUGUUGUUUCUGAUGAAAUGAUGAAAGCUUACGAAGAGGAUGGAUUAAUUCUGGUCAGAGGUUUGAUGACAAAGCCAGAGUUGGAUAAACUAGAACUUUGUCUACAGAAUGGAGAAGUUGUGAAACAUGCGUUUGAUUUGCCGGAUGACAAGGCCAGUGUCAAGAUGGUAAUCUGGAAUCAUCCGGGAGAUGACUAUACAGGCAUGAUUGGGAGAAUGGAGAGGAUUGUGGACACUGUGGAAACGCUGCUUGGAGGAGAGGUCUACCAUUAUCACACAAAGAUUGUUCUGAAGGAAGCACUAACUGGAGGCUCAUUUGCUUGGCAUCAAGAUUAUGGAUAUUGGUACAAGAAUGGUCUCUUAUUUCCUGACCUGAUGUCUGUCUCAAUUGCAAUGGAUGACUCGGACAUGGAGAAUGGCUGUCUGAGGGUUAUCCGAGGUUCUCAUAAGCUUGGAAGAAUUGAUCAUGGUAGAGUAGGCGGUCAGAAUGGUGCCGACACGGACAGGAUUGUUGAGAUUAAGAAAGUCAUGGAAGAAUACAACGUGGUUCUGAAAGCUGGCGAUGCCAUUUUCUUUCACUGCAAUGUGCUGCAUACAAGCGCUCCGAACACAUCAACUCGAAGACGUUAUGCUAUUAUUCCCUGUUACAACAGAGUAACCAACGAUGCAUAUUUUGAUCAUCACCAUGCCAGAGUGACAAAGCUAAAUAAGGUUCCAGACUCCGCUCUUGAAACCUGCAAUGAAUUUAGGAAUAUGGAAGGAAAAUGGUUCAUGGACCCAGCGAUUGAUAAAACCAUCAUCGCAAAGAAAGUCAACAAAGAUGUUGAAUCAAAGAUUGAGCAACCGAGCGAGAGUUAGAAAGGAAAUUCAAAUUUAUAUGACCGUCGUAUCAUUAUUAUAUGUGCAUAAAACCAUCAAGUAUAAGUUUAUUUUGACUUCAUAAUCAGCAUAAUAGACGUUGAAAUAAUUGAUGAAAACAAAUAAAAAACUGAAUAUAGAAUUAAGAGAGUUGAUAGAACAUCAUGGUAAGUUUUAAAGCGUACAGAAUUUUAAUUUUCUGCCAAAAAGUUUCCCAAUAAAGGUAGUACAUUUUACUCAAGGUGAAUUACAUAUUGAAUCAAUUAAUAAAAAUUGCUCGCCACACCAUAUUACCAAUUUUAUAUCGGUUGCCAAUGCCAACCUUUCAUAGAAGUUCAUAAUUGAAUUGUUUCUAAAACUUUAUAUUGCUAUGAACAUUUAAAUGCUUAAACAGUAAAUUUAUAAAUGUUCGAAUUGCCAUAUUUUAAAUAAAUCAAAUCACCCAGCCUGAUUAGAAACAAGAUAUUCGUGUCCACAAUGAAGCUGCUCGAUAUAGAGUUUUAGUUUUCACUCUCUUCACCCUGAAAUGCCAUAUUUACGUUUUUUUUUCUAUUUCUAUUAUUUGUGUAGUGUAUUUUCGGUAUGAUUGAAACAGACUGACUGCCUGAAUAGUUUGCUCAUGAUCAUAUUUUUACUUUCCAAAAAUGUUGAAAUUCACAAGAAUAAUAUAGUUAUUAGAGUACUAAUAAGAUGAAUAAAAGUAUUUUCUGGUCGUUUCCACUUCAAUUUGUAAGGUGGUAAAUUGUGCAUAAAAUAAAAACCUUUUCUGACCCGUCUUAUAAUCUUUUGUAUCUCCCAAGGAUAAAUCUGUCCUUUUUCUUUUGUUUGAAAAUUACCUCAAUACUGGUGCAAUAAUGUGAUUUUUAUCGAAGUAAUUAUCAAAUAAAUUGAUUUUAAUUAUACUUGA